AAUUGUAGCGCACCGAGUGACCUGCGCUCUAAUUGGAGAACGCUGCGUCACAUGAAAAAGUUCGGCUUAUGCGUGGCUGCUUCUUCCCAGCGUCUCUGUGGGCUGCGGUAGAGGAGGAGAGACCUAACUAGCUGUCAGACGUCGGCUGUGUGUGUUGGAGGAGCCAUGGGUAACGAGCACGGAAAGGCUGGUGGGGGAACGGCCACGCCGGCCGGGAUUCAGUCUAUGGACGAGGCCCUUCAGAAGAGAUUCGCGAAGGGAAUACAGUUCAACAUGAAGAUAGUACUGAAAGGAGACCGCAACACAGGGAAAACCUGCCUCUUCAACAGAAUGGGAGGGAAGCCCUUCCAGGAGGCCUAUAUUCCCACCAUGGAAAUACAGGUCACCAGCAUCCUAUGGAGCUAUAAAGUUACCAGUGAUACUGUCAAAGUUGAGGUGUGGGACGUAGUAGACAAAGGAAAGGUGCACAAGAAGGAGGCGAAAGGAGGAUUGAAGAUAUUCAACACCACUCCGGACGAGGAGGAAGAAGAGGAGGGAGAGGGGGAGGGAGGAAAGAAGGUGCUUGAUGCCACUUUUCUCAAUGUCUACAAAGGUUGCAACGGUGUCGUGUUGGUUUUUGAUAUGACCAAAAUGUGGACAUGGAAGUACGUUGAGCGGGAGCUUCCAAAAGUACCCUUUGACAUUCCGGUCAUAGUUCUGGGAAACUUCAAGGACCUUGGUGAGCAUAGAGUUAUCACGCGAGAUGAGAUCCGCGUUUUUCUAAGGUCCGUCAGACCUGAUGGGUCAUCAGAAAUCCUGUAUGCCGAGAGCUCAAUGAAGAAUGCGUUUGGUCUCAUGCACCUCCACAAGUUCCUCAGUGUCCCCUUCCUUCAGAUGCAGCAAGACAUGCUGCUGCAGCAGAUCAAGGUCAGCAGGGAGCAGAUGUUGGCCGCCCGAGAUGAGCUCUCCACGGCCUCCACAACCGAGGACCAGAACUACGAUAUGUUCCUGGCCAGACUGCAGCAGGCCGCAGAGCAGAGAAGGAAGAAGGCCCAACAACAGAGAGAAGAGGAAUCUGAUCUUUGCCUGUGAGUUUGGCGACACUUGUAGCCAUGGAACCCAGCACUAUGUUACGUCUUCUGGUACCCAGAGUGGGAUGGAACCUGAGCGGACUUCCAUCCGCCGAUCCUCUUCCUCCGCCUCUUCCUCCACCCACCAGGGGACCACACCCACUCCAGGCAUCGCCACGACGACAGCAGAGCAGCAGCCGAGCACUGCGAAGAAGAAAUCAAGACUCUCGAACUUUCUCUCGUCGUCCUCCAAGAACAAGAAGGAACCAGAGCCUAACAAAGACUCGGUUCCAGUGUCUGGGGUACGUGGAACCAGUGUCAGCACCACCACUGACAUCGAGGAGUUUGUACCUGAUGGAGACGUGGACUCCUUCCUGGAGGAGGAGGGAGGUGGAUGAGGGAGGAGAGAGUGAGGAGGAUGAAGAGGAUGAGAGCGAGACUCAUCCGGUGGUAGCCAGAGACGAGGAUCUGUCCAGUCUAGACGAGGAGGAGGCUGCCACGCCUCCUUCCCCUCCCAAACCAAUCUCCCAGGAGCCGUCUCCAGUGGUGGUCAGACAAAACGACUCGUCUUCCCAGGAGCCCUCCCCGGUCGUCAGACGAGACAAACCCAUUAAACGGCUCAAGUCUGCAAAGGAGGUGGAGCUAACGGAGAGCGAGGAAGAAGAGGAGGAGGAGGAGAACACGGUGCCCCGAUCGACUGUGAGGGACAAACAAAGAGAUAUAGAGCUGUUCUGGGGCAAGACUGGAGCGGAAGGAGCCAAGGACGAAGAUGAAGCCAAACCGAAAGCGAAAGCCAAGAGUGGUGGGCUCUUAUUAGAGUGGGCAGUCCCAGAGCAAUCGCGACCAAACCCAUCAAGAAGAAGGAGUCCCCGAAGGGUUCACCCGAUGUCUCGGAGGGGAGGAAGGAGAGGAGGAGAAAGUCGUCGAAGAAGGGGUCCAGCAGUAAGAGAAAGAAGGAAGCAGCUGCUGGUGCCAGUAACGGAACGACAGGUGCUAAUGAUCCUUUCGGAGUCAGUGCACUGGAUGCGUGGCUCAACUCGGAGGACAUUCUGCAGCCGACAGUGGCAAAGGGGGGAAGGGGAGGAGGGGGAGGAGAGGUGGGGGAGGAGGCGGGAGAAGAACCAGAAGACACCUCCUCCCACAAGAAGACACGGAGACACAGGGACAGAACGUCGUCCGACGGAACAAAACACAAGAAGAAACACAAGUCAAGAAACUCGGCGAAAGAUGCAGACCAGACUUUUUGAUAUCACAGACUUCCUGCACCUAGCUUAAUACCAGGGGGGGAUGGGUUGCCCCCUGUAAUUAGUGGUACUAAUUGCGUACCCCUUACAUUGAAGAUAUCGUUUUCAAGUUGUGGUCGAUAUCUUCGAACUCUGCUAUGCGCAUUGCAUC